AGAGAGGUGAGGGUCGGGGCUUCCAGCUUGGGCUGCUGGGGAGGGUGUGGGCCACUGGGCCCGAACACUGAGUCCUGGAGACCCUGCCGCCAUGCCUCCCACUUGGCCCCACGGAGUCCUCUUCCUCCUGCCGUCGCUGCUGCUGCUGCUGCGUGCCGUGCUGGCGGUGCCCCUGGAGCGGGGGGUGCCCGAGAAGGAGAGCCCCGCGACCGAGAGCCCGGACACGGGCCUCUACUACCAUCGGUACCUACAGGAGGUCAUCAACGUGCUAGAGACAGAUGGGCACUUCCGGGAGAAGCUGCAGGCCGCCAAUGCGGAGGACAUCAAGAGUGGGAAGCUGAGCCGAGAGCUGGACUUCGUCAGCCACCACGUCCGCACCAAGCUGGAUGAGCUCAAGCGACAGGAGGUGUCACGGCUGCGGAUGCUGCUCAAAGCCAAGAUGGAUGCAGAGCAGGAGACCAAUGUGCAGGUGGAUCACCUGAAUCUCCUGAAGCAGUUUGAACACCUGGACCCGCAGAACCAGCACACGUUCGAGGCCCGAGACCUGGAGCUGCUGAUCCAGACGGCCACCCGGGACCUUGCCCAGUAUGACGCCGCCCAUCACGAGGAGUUCAAACGCUACGAGAUGCUCAAGGAACAUGAGAGGCGCCGCUACCUGGAGUCACUGGGUGAAGAACAGCGGAAGGAGGCGGAGAGGAAGCUGGAAGAGCAGCAGCGGCGGCACCGGGAGCACCCCAAAGUCAACGUGCCUGGCAGCCAAGCCCAGUUGAAGGAGGUAUGGGAGGAGCUGGACGGACUGGACCCCAACAGGUUUAACCCCAAGACCUUCUUCAUACUGCAUGAUAUCAACAGUGAUGGUGUCCUGGAUGAGCAGGAGCUAGAGGCCCUGUUCACCAAGGAGCUGGAGAAGGUGUAUGACCCGAAGAAUGAGGAGGACGACAUGCGGGAGAUGGAGGAGGAGCGGCUGCGCAUGCGGGAGCAUGUGAUGAAGAAUGUGGACACGAACCAAGACCGGCUAGUGACCCUGGAGGAGUUCCUUGCGUCCACACAGAGGAAGGAGUAUGGGGACACUGGGGAGGGAUGGGAGACAGUGGAGAUGCACCCAGCCUACACAGAGGAAGAGCUGAGGCGUUUCGAGGAGGAGCUGGCCGCCCGGGAGGCAGAGCUGAAUGCCAAGGCCCAGCGCCUCAGCCAGGAGGCAGAGGCCCUAGGGCGGUCUCAGGGCCGCCUGGAAGCCCAGAAGAGAGAGUUGCAGCAGGCCGUUCUGCACAUGGAGCAAAGGAAGCAGGAGCAGGAGGCCCGUAACACACCCCCCGCCAACCCCGAAGGAGAGCUCAAGUUCCACCCCGACACAGGUGAUGUCCCUGUCCCAGCUCCAGCUGGUGUCCAGAAGGAUGUUGAUACUUCUGAAAAGAAGAUUCCUGAACAGCCCCCCGAGGUGCCCCAGCUGGAUUCCCAGCACCUAUGAUCCCUCAGGGGCUCCAGCCCUCCUAGUUCCUACCGUGACAGCUGACAGCAGCUGGAUGAAGUGUCUCAGUCAGCCUUCUCCGGGGUCAGCAGCUCACACGGCCUCCAGGAGGAGGGGGCAGGGUGGCAUUUCAUGCAUUGCUUCUCAGGCCCUACAUCUACCAUAUUGCAGGUCUCAGCUUCCUAGCUUCUGAGUCUGUGGUUCUUUCUUCCUGUCCCUUCCCUGGGGCUUCCUUGGGUCCCUUCCCAAGACCACUUCACGUGUCCAAUCAGGUACCCACUGGGUCAGCUGAAUUUGCGGAAGCCCCUGCUUGCUCCCAGGAGCACUGGCUCUGUGCCUGCCUUCCCAGAUGGUGGCUGAGGCUGCUCAGGCUUCCUGUGUCCCCACAGCUGCCUGAAAUCCUGCCUGCUACUCUGGGCCCAGCUGCUUCUGGUUUCUGGGAGCUUGGCUGGUCCCUCAAGACCUUGUCCUACUUUGGGUGGAACCAGCAAUGCUUCAGUGUCCUCUGUGUGGCUGGAUGCCGAGGGACAGGAGGGCCCUCAGCAUAGCUGGUCAGCUCUGGACUGAGAGUCUGGACUCUCCCUGGGACCCUGGCUUCCAGCCACCUCAUCCCCAGCCUCCUCCCUGACCUCUUGGCCCUCAGCCCCACUCCACGCUGCCCUGGGAGGUAUUUGGAGCUGGCCCACCCCAGGACCAGGUCCCAGCCCCUUAGCUGGGACCCUCACCUGGGAGGCCCUGCAGGUUGGCCCUGCCCACCCUUCAGUCCUCGUCUCAGGGCUUCUUGGCCUGCGCUGUGUUCCAGACCCUUCAGUGCACCCUGUGGAACAAACAUGCUUCUUUGUCCAUGUGUAGGUACCAUUCCCUCUGAAAUUGCCCCCGCACGUCACCUGCCUCAGUCCUCUUCCUUUCAUAGUCAGGUGUCAUUCCGGAGAGACACAGUCCUGGCAUCAAGUUUACCGGUUUCCCAAGGGACCCCUUCAGUCACAAGGAGAGAAAACACAAACCUGAGCUUAAAAAUUAAAAUACAGAGGCAAACACACACACAUACACACUCUUACCCCAUGAAAGAAGUCCUAGGGUAGGAAGGCCUCAGGGUUGCCAGGGAACCAGGUUCUCCCAUCCCCCAUUGGGGAACUCCCCCAUGGCCCCAAAGUAGCUGCAGCUGCUCUGAUGUCACAUAUAUCUGUACCAACAUCUGGCAAAUGAAGGGGCCACACCCUUCCUGUCCUGAGCAUUGUAAGUGGGAGAGAAAUCUGUCCCUAAAGCUCCUGCUCYGGGCACCUCUCUCCUUAUGUCCCAUUGGCCCUGAGGCACAAGUGAAUGCCUCGGGUCCACCAAGAUGGCAUCUACAAGUAGUGAUUCUCCUCACCUGGAAUGGGGGCAGUA